AUGGCCUCCACCGCCGCCAGAUCAAUAUUCCGAUCAACUUCUUCAGUCAGAUCAGCGUUUCGUGUUGCAUCGGAAGCAAAACCAGCUCGUUCUCCAUUCCGUUCCGCCUCCAGUAAACCUCCCUCGCCAUCACAAUCCACAUUCAGGUCCCCAGUUGAAUUGAGUUUCUGCGUGGAAUCCAUGAUGCCUUACCACACGGUUACUGCUUCUGCGCUCAUGACAUCCAUGCUUUCGCUUUCGAGCCGCAACUACGCUUGGCUUUCAGAAGCCGGAGAUGAGUCAUGA